AUGAAUCGUUGUGAACGAACCAAACAAACCCCUCGACUUUCCUCCCCCCUCCCCCUCCCCCUUUCCCACCCGUCGUCCCUUUCCCUCCCCACAUUUGGUCGCACUCAACUCUUUACAUGCCUGUUUUUGCUCUCGUAUCCUCCUCCCUUCUCAUCGUCUUGCCGUUUUUUCUCAUCUCUCUCUGCGUGCCGCUUCCCCUGCGCCCGUCUCCGACCGUGCGACCAGCAGCGGCUUUUCAACUGUCGAAAUCUCCCACACGAAAUCGGCGGGGCAGCAACCGCGCCGCCACCAGCAGCUGUUGAUCCCAGAUUUCUGCCAGCAGCAGCAGCGGCACUAUUGCCUGGAACAGCUGGAGUCGGCUGCGGGGGAUCGGGCGGCAGCGGCGGAGGGGGAGGCGGGGGCGAGGCGGGGGUUGAGGCUAAGCGCGAAGGAGACGCGGAAGGGGACGCCGGGGGGCUAGGGGCUGGGGGGUUUGACGUCAGCGCGGAAUCUCGAAAAUCCCCGCCAGUCCCGCUCGUCGCUUCCUCCCCAAGAGAAGAGUUCCGCAAGGCGAGCGAGGAUCUUCCGCCGACCUCUGGUACGUGGCGCAGCGCCGCGGAGAGCCUGGCCCGCGCGCAACCAGGGGCGCGCGGAACGGAAAGGGAAGGAGGCGGAAACAGGGAGGAUAGAGAGGCUCAGAAAGUGCCUGCGCAUAACCCACGCGAAUUCGCUGCAACUGUGACUGCUGCAGCUAGUGCCGGUGGUGCUGGUGGCGGUGCUGGUUCUGCUGGUCCCGCGUCCUCCCUCUCCCCGCGCGCCCCUUCCCUCGCCCCUGGGGACACCGCCCCCUUGCCCUCGUCCGCUCCCGCGCAAUACCCCUUCCCCCACGCGCACUUCCCCCCGUACUCCUUCCGCCCACCCUCGUCCGCAAGCAGAGCGUCCGCGCUAGCCAGGAGGUCUAGCCGCGGGGGGCGGCUGGGGGGAGGCGGAGGGGUGUUGAGGGGGAAAGGGGGAGUGGGCGGGUGGGGGAGCGAGAGUUCCGAUGACAUGACGGCUGCUGCUGCUGCUGCUGCCUCCGCGGCGUCCCCUAUCGCCACUGGCGCUGGCGGAAGCGGAGGUGGUGCGAGCGCGGGGAUGGGCGCGGGCGGCGGGGGUGAGCGGAUAGGGGGAGGGGGUGGAGCGCGCGCAGGUGCUUCUGUGGGCGUGGGGGGAUCGGCGGAUGGGCACAACGGGGUGUUUGUGAAUCGAGGCCUUGCCACGUGGGUACACACGCGCCAGCAGUGGAGGACAGGGGGAGGGGCGGGGGGGCGAGCGCAACUGGAGCAGAGGCAAUGGGGGGGGGUACCGGGGGGUGAACGCGGGGAAGGGGCAGGUGGGAGGGCGGAUGAUGCUGCGGGUAGUGGUGCGGAGCAGGAGGGGCGUGCUACAGCAAAUAAUGCAAUCAGUCCCGGCACCACAUACGAGCAGCUCCUCUCCACCAACCGUCCCUUCCCCAAACCUGUGCCUCUGCCUGAGAUGGUGGAGUUCCUAGUGGGCGUGUGGGACCAGGAGGGCCUCUAUGACUGA